AGAGUUUUGUUUACAUUUUUUAUAAUUCAAAUAAAAUUUGAGACAGGAUAAUUUAUUAACAAAAGUUGAAAUGAUUCGGUGUAAAAAUUGUUUCGCUAGCUUCGUAACUAAUCGUUUACGUCUUCAAAGAGUAUUUCAGCUUAGACAGCUUUGUACUUCAAAUGAGAAAUCAGAAGAGCAGAAAGAAAGCGAGCAAAUUAAACGUGAAAAAUCACAUGAACAAUUUAUGAAACAAGCAUUAAUUCUAAAAGGAUCUUUUGAAUAUGUAGCAACAAAAGAUAAAGGCAACUAUCUAGAAAUGAUAAAAAUAUUUGAAAACAAAGAUGUACAUCGAAGGAAUCACGUCGAGUUCAUUUAUGCCGCUCUUAAAAAUAUGGAAGAAUUUAAUGUACAUAAAGAUCUUCAAGUGUAUAAAGCUCUUAUAGAUGUAAUGCCUAAAGGAAAAUUUAUUCCUCAAAACCUUUUCCAAGCGGAAUUCAUGCAUUAUCCUAAACAACAACAAUGUAUGAUUGAUCUACUUGAACAAAUGGAAGAUAAUGGUGUGAUGCCUGACUAUGAAAUGGAAGAUAUGUUGGUUAAUAUAUUUGGUCGUCGUGGACAUCCAGUAAGAAAGUUCUGGCGAAUGAUGUAUUGGAUGCCAAAAUUUAAGAAUCUUUCACCGUGGGUUGUUCCAAAUCCACCACCUCAAGAUGCUUUUGAAUUAGCACAACUUGCAGUUGAGCGAAUGUGUUCUGUAGAUGUUGAAUCGGUGAUUAAUAUUUAUAAUACUGAGGAUGUUGAGGAUUCAGUCGAUCAUACAUGGAUUGUCAGUGGACAGAGUCCCGAACAGAAAGAACUUUUAACUAGACAUCCAAUAAAGUCAGCUGUUUAUAUAGAAGGGCCAUUCUUAAUCUGGUUAAGAGAUAAAUCGAUUAAUUAUUUUAUUCUUCGUGGUGAUCUUCCAAGCAACAGACAACCAGUUUAUGAUGAAGACGAGUAUGAUGAUGUCAGUCAUAUUGAUGUUCCUCUGUUUGGUUUUGGAAAACCUAAGAAAAAUAAGUUAAUAGUCAAGCCGUCAAUUCAUGAACAGUCUGAUGGAAUCAUUUACGCGGUUUGUUGCACUGGAAUGUCAACAAAAGAUUCACUUUUAUCAUGGAUUCGAUUACUGGAGAAAGAUGGAAAUCCAACUAUUAAAGAUUUGGCAAUACUUUUCAAGUUUAAAUCACCAGCAGACAAGGAGCUUGUCACAACAUAACAGUCAGCACGAUAAUAAUUUUUAGGAGUAAAAUAAAAUUUCGUUUAUUUAGUUCAA